AAUCUCGUCCUUUCCAAUAUGGCGGAUAUUUUGACGUAUUAGAGGCGCCACCAACAGCAGCCAACGCUUGUACGUGAACUAACAGCUAAUGCAAAGGAAGGAGGCGGGAUUUUUUAUUUUUUUAAGAACACGGAUGGGAAAGAAAGCACAUCAAGUAAAGACAAGCUCUUUUCAGAAUAUUUACAUUAGAUGUAGAUGAUUAGCGAGACCAGUAAGCGUGUACAGCCCGAAAGCAGCAGGAUACAUGAUUUAACUGUGAAGAUUUGCGACGUUUUGCGACACCGGAGCUCCGGCGAGUCCAUGAACGCGUCUUGGGCUUUCUGUCCAAACUCAAGAAUGUAGCGGGAAGAGAAACCGUUAACGCCGAGUGCAGGAACUUAAACAGAGACUAUUACAAGUCGAGAAAGCACGAGCCCAGGAGUUUUCCAGCCGAGCUCGCAGCCAUGUUGGAAGAGGAUAUGGAGGUGGCCAUCAAGGUGGUGGUCGUGGGCAACGGUGCUGUAGGAAAGUCGAGUAUGAUCCAGAGAUACUGCAAGGGCAUCUUCACCAAGGACUACAAGAAGACCAUUGGCGUCGACUUCCUGGAAAGGCAAAUAGUAGUAAACGAUGAGGAUGUGCGGUUGAUGUUGUGGGACACAGCAGGCCAGGAGGAGUUUGAUGCAAUCACUAAGGCUUAUUACCGAGGUGCCCAGGCCUGCGUCCUCGUCUUCUCCACCACGGACAGAGAGUCGUUCGAGGCCAUCAGCAGCUGGAGGGAGAAAGUGGAGAUAGAAGUUGGUGACAUUCCUACCGUUCUGGUGCAGAACAAAAUCGACCUCCUGGAUGACACGGUGAUAAAAAAUGAGGAAGCAGAGGGUCUUGCUAAGAAGCUCAAGUUGAGAUUUUAUCGGGCUUCAGUGAAAGAGGAUCUCAAUGUCAACGAAGUUUUUAAAUAUCUAGCGGAAAAAUACCUGCAAAGACUGAAGCAACAGACUGCUGAAGAUCCCGAAGUCGUUCACACAUCAAGCAAUAAAAUUGGCGUGUUCAACACUAGCAGUGGCAACCAACCGAACCAGAACUCCAGCGAUCUCAAUGGCCGCGAGGUCAUCAACCUGCGACCGAACAAGCAGAGAACUAAGAAGAAUAAAAUCGCCUUCGGUAGCUGCAGACUUCUCUAGAACGUCUCCUCGUACGCGUUAUGCCUUGUUUGCCUUGUAGGUCUGGGUGACGCGCAUCAUCACCAAACACUAACCAGAGUCCGUAAAAGGCUACGUCUCAGUGUAAACACCGUCAGUGCGGCGGUGGCGUUUAAAUUGAGGUCAGCUUUUUCACACAUUGUCGUUUCGUUACAUGUCUCUGAUUCCUGUGGAUGAGUCUCAUGUCACGUGAUGGUAGAAGUAAGGAGCAAUGUAUUGUGUCAGUGGACUUGUGGAAAUGCAUUUCCCUGUUGGUUGUAAAGCAGCAGUGGUUUUGUGACACAGAUACAUACGUUUGAAUCAGAUCUUAGGGAUGAUGAUGAUGAUGAUUAAGCAGUUUGUGUUGCUUUAUCACAGACCGACUAUCAAAGUAUAUUUGCAUUUUUAAAAAAAUAAAAUAAAAAGAUUAACAAGGGGAAGUAACUUUUUCAGAAUAGAGUCUAAAACCCUUUUUGAAAUAGAUGUACUUUUUUUUUUUUUUCUUCCCAGAUUGAUAUUAAAUGGAAUGAAUUUUAAGUUGAUACAUUUAAUAAUAUCGAAAGUACGUUUGUGUUACUUUAUACCGUGUAGAGCAGGGUAACUAACACGACACACAUGCUAACGCUAACGUGAACGUGUCGUUCACUUUUUACUCCAACCAUCUGUGCAUUGGACUGUUUUCUCUUUCGUGCAAUACGUGUGUAAAGGUGUAUAAUUUGGUAACACAUCAUUCCAUAAAAAUAAUUUGAAGUUCUUAACGAGUACUAAAAUCGUUAGCAUUAACAGUGCCAAAAAAAGUUUUUAAACUGUAUGUACUUGUAAAUAUUAGUAAAAUUUUAACUUCAGAGAAUGUGACCACACUUUGUUAAAUAUUUUAGUGUGAUCUGAUAUUAGUGAUCUGAUAACAUGCAGCUUGUCAUGACAACACUAGAGUUUACUGAUGCACAGCCGAAGACCAGGAUCUGUGCAGAAAUUAAUAUUGAUGCGAUAUAAAGUUCUGCUGCUUGUAAACACUAACAGUACAGAAUUCUCCAUACAAGGAGUGGUAUACGUUGUAAGUGAUCAGUAUGCUGGGUUAAAUUUUCUGUAUAUUCACACUCUUGGGAUUAAAGUUACUCUAAAUCAGCAAGGGACCCAUUUAAUUGGAAAAAAACUCCCUACAGGAUAGGUAUGAACAUUCAUUCCUAAAAUUAGCCAAUUGUGUCGGCAGCACAAUGCAGUGCAUACAAGUCAAGAGCUUCAAUUAAUGUUCAAUGUAAUGUAAGAUCAGAAUGAGGAAAAUGACCGGUUUGUUUGUCAGUGCCUGAUGAGCUUUAAAAGUCUUUUGAUAACUUGGGAUUUUCACACACAAUGCAGUCUCUCGAGGUACAACAGAACAGUGUAAUCUAUUAAUCAAGUGCUUUGGGAGAAAAUGCAGAGCGAUUAGAGAAGAAUUGCCAGAGAGACUCAAGCUGACAGGAAGGCUACAGUAACUUCACUGCUCUUUACAGCCGCGGUGAACUGAAAAGCAUCUCGGAGCGCGCAGCAUAUUGAGCCUUAAGGUGGUUGGGCUACAACAGCAGAAGAUCACACCGAGAACAGGAAUCUGAGAUAGGAUCAGAAUUCAGCAUCUAGAGCUGGGAUCCAUGAUUAAACUGCUAACACAGCAACUGAUUGGAUAGAUGUUGCUGUCUAAGUGUAUGGUGAGAGUGGAAUCCAGCUAUUCAUAUAUUAGGCUCAAUAUUUAAUCAUUCAAGCUAUAGAACUAAACUCUAAAUGGGGGUCAUGGGGUGGUGGGGUUAGGGGAUGAUACCCCAUGAAUUCCACUAUGAACGUUCGCUUACUUCACAUUGUCAUUUUAAACUAUUUGCUCUAUCCCAUCUACAACCAUGUGUGAAACUGGCUCAAGUCUGAUUUCCGAUCAGAUCGUAUUUCCUGAGGGGGGAAAAAAUCAAAUCUGUUAUAUUAAGGCAGGAAAAUCAGAAUUGUGUCUGAUAAUGUGAACAUAGCCCAUUUUUGCGUUUACUCGAAAAUUCAGUCAUUCUGUUUAACAUAAUUUAAUAAAUAAAUAUAGUCGUAUUGGAACUUUUGUCGAAAGACACUCCUACAUUUAUUCAUUUGGUUGACGCUUUUAUUUAAAGUAAUGAAUGAACGUAUGAGACGCAGCCGAUAAGUAAGCGUCUUGCUUACAGAAGGUUCUAGAAUCUCCAGCUUAAGUUCUGAGGGUUUCCCCCCCACACAAAGCACAGAGAGUACUGGAAGAUGCACUAAGAUAACAUUCGUUUGUAGUUUCUAUAAUUUCUAGAAUAAUCCUUGAUCAGUCUCUAAAGUCAUGAGAAAUACAAAAAACAAAACAACAAACAUUUACGCACAACAUGCAUGCCUUACGUUCCAUGUAUGAAUGUGUUCUAAACGGUACUUAGCCACAAUGACCAGCGAUAUGUUUACAGUUGUAAUCAGCUUUAUAUGACUUUGCUCUCUUUGUAUUUUGUAAUUGUGUAUAAUCUAAUCAUUAACUCUUUUUGAAUAUAAAGAUUCAUGCCUUCAUUA